UUGGGGGCUGCUGCCAAAAUCCAUCCUCCUCCAAGGGCAGCAGGGAGCCUGCAGCUGGACAAAGCUCUUGGGGGACUCUCAGAAUUGGGGCCAGCAUGGGGGAUUUGUGGCUGGCCAGGCUCCUGCUGGGCUGCACGGCCGUGCUGGCGGUGGCACCGGCCCGGGGACAGUACGAGGGGGACUUGCAGACAGACAGAUUUGCAGCCUACGAGGAGAGACCCCCGAACAGAGUGAGGAGAAGGGGCCAGGACUCGCUGCGAGGCCCAAAUGUCUGCGGCUCGAGGUUCCAUUCCUACUGCUGUCCCGGCUGGAAAACUCUGCCUGGAGGGAACCAGUGCAUUGUCCCAAUCUGCAGGAAUUCCUGCGGGGAUGGAUUCUGCUCCCGGCCCAACAUGUGCACCUGCUCCAACGGACAGCUCUCCCCCAACUGCGGCUCAGCUGGAGUGCAGAGCUGCAGCGUGCGCUGCAUGAACGGGGGCAGCUGCUCCGAGGAGUCCUGCCUGUGCCAGAAGGGAUUCACGGGCACCUACUGCGGGCAGCCUGUGUGUGAGAACGGCUGCCAGAACGGGGGCAGGUGCAUCGGCCCCAACCGCUGCGCUUGUGUCUACGGCUUCACCGGGCCCCAGUGUGAGAGAGAUUACCGCACGGGGCCCUGCUUCAGCCAGGUGAACAACCAGAUGUGCCAGGGCCAGCUGAGCGGCAUCGUGUGCACCAAGACCAUGUGCUGUGCCACCAUCGGCCGCGCCUGGGGCCACCCCUGCGAGAUGUGCCCGGCCCAGCCCCACCCCUGCCGCCGCGGCUUCAUCCCAAACAUCCGCACCGGAGCCUGCCAGGAUGUGGAUGAGUGCCAGGCCAUCCCUGGCCUCUGCCAAGGUGGGAAUUGCAUCAACACCGUGGGAUCCUACGAGUGCAAGUGCCCUGCAGGGCACAAGCAGAGCGAGACCAGCCACAGGUGUGAAGACGUGGAUGAGUGCGGGGCCAUCCCCGGCGUGUGCGACGGCGGCGACUGCACCAACACCGUGGGCAGCUACGUGUGCUCCUGCCCCCGCGGCUUCGUCAGCAGCCCCGACGGAUCCCGCUGCCUCGACCAGCGUCUGGGCACGUGUUUCUCGGCGCUGCUGGGUGGCCGCUGUGCCGGGGACGUUCCGGGCCAGGCCAGCAGGAUGCAGUGCUGCUGUGACUCGGGGCGCUGCUGGGCCAUCGGCCAGACCCCCGAGAUGUGCCCCGUGCGGGGCUCGGACGAGUACCGCAGGCUCUGCAUCGAGGGGCUCCCGGUCGUGCCAGGCUUCCCCGGGAACUUCCCAGCAAUUCCCGGAUUCAGGCCCAACGGAGUCGGGCCGGGACUCAACGGGCCCGGAGGCAUCGGCCCGAACGGGGCGAACGGACAGGGCGGGAUCCCGGGGCUGCCCGGGAUGGGCCCGGGGAGCUCCAGCAUCGGAACGGCCACGCUGAACCAGACCAUCGACAUCUGCAAACACUUCACCAACCUGUGCCUGAACGGGCGCUGCAUCCCCACCCCGUCCAGCUACCGCUGCGAGUGCAACAUGGGCUACAAGCAGGACGUCAGAGGGGAGUGCAUCGAUGUGGACGAGUGCUCGAGCAGCCCCUGCGUCCACGGCGACUGCGUCAACACCCCGGGCUCCUACCACUGCAAGUGCCACGAGGGCUUCCAGAGCACCCCCACCAAGCAGGCCUGCAUUGACAUUGACGAGUGCAUCAUGAACGGGGUGAUGUGCAGGAACGGGCGCUGCGUCAACACCGACGGCAGCUUCCAGUGCAUCUGCAACGCCGGCUUUGAGAUCACCCCCGACGGCAAGAACUGCGUUGACCACGACGAGUGUGCCACCACCAACAUGUGCCUCAACGGGAUGUGCAUCAACGAGGACGGGAGCUUCAAGUGCAUCUGCAAGCCCGGCUUUGUCCUGGCCCCCAACGGGCGCUACUGCGUGGACAUCGACGAGUGCGAGACGCCGGGGAUCUGCAUGAACGGCUGGUGCAUCAACACCGAGGGCUCCUUCCGCUGCGAGUGCCUGGGGGGCCUGGCCAUCGGCGUGGACGGCCGGGUCUGCGUGGACACCCACAUGCGCAGCACCUGCUACGGGGGCAUCAAAAAGGGCACCUGUGCCCGCCCCUUCCCCGGCGCCGUCACCAAAUCCGAGUGCUGCUGCGCCAACCCCGACCACGGCUUCGGGGAGCCCUGCCAGCCCUGCCCGGCCAAGAACUCCGCGGAAUUCCAGGCUCUCUGCAGCAGCGGCAUCGGGAUCACGGCUGAUGGCAGAGACAUCAACGAGUGUGCCCUGAACCCCGACAUCUGCCCCAACGGGAUGUGUGAGAACCUGCGGGGGAGCUACCGCUGCAUCUGCAACCUGGGCUACGAGUCCGACCCCACGGGCAAGAACUGCGUGGAUGUGGACGAGUGCAGCGUCAACCGGCUGCUGUGUGACAACGGGCUGUGCAGGAACACCCCUGGCAGCUACACCUGCACCUGCCCCAAGGGCUUCGUGUUCCGCACCGAGACCGACACCUGCGAAGACAUCAACGAGUGCACGUCCAACCCGUGUGUGAACGGGCUGUGCCGGAACAACGCCGGCUCCUUCGCCUGCGAGUGCUCCCCGGGCAGCAAGCUGGACCCCAGUGGCACCAUCUGUGUGGACAGCAUGAAGGGCACCUGCUGGCUCAACAUCCAGGACGGGCGCUGCGAGGUCAACAUCAACGGGGCCACGCUGAAAUCCGAGUGCUGUGCCACCCUGGGGGCAGCCUGGGGCAGCCCCUGCGAGCGCUGCGAGAUCGACACCGCCUGUCCCCGGGGGUACGCCCGCAUGAAGGGGGUCACCUGUGAAGAUGUGAACGAGUGCGAGGUGUUCCCAGGCGUGUGCCCCAACGGGCGCUGCGUGAACUCGGCCGGCUCCUUCCGCUGCGAGUGCCCCGAGGGGCUGACCCUGGAUGGCACUGCCAGGACCUGUGUGGACGUGCGGGUGGAGCAGUGCUACAUGCGCUGGGACGAGGACGAGUGCACGGAGCCGCUGCCCGGCAAGUUCCGCAUGGACAUGUGCUGCUGCUCCGUGGGCUCGGCCUGGGGCUCCGACUGCGAGGAGUGUCCCCGCGCCGGCUCCGCCGAGUACAAGGCGCUGUGUCCCCGCGGGCCCGGCUUCGCCAACCGCGGCGACGUGCUCUCGGGACGGCCCUUCUACAAAGAUGUGAACGAGUGCAAGGUGUUCUCCGGGCUGUGCACCCACGGCACCUGCAGGAACACCAUCGGCAGCUUCAGGUGCAUCUGCGGCAAUGGCUUUGCUCUGGAUGCUGAGGAGAGGAACUGCACAGACAUCGACGAGUGCCGCAUCUCCCCCGACCUGUGUGGCCACGGCUCCUGCGUGAACACCCCGGGCAGCUUCGAGUGCGAGUGCUUCGAGGGCUACGAGAGCGGCUUCAUGAUGAUGAAGAACUGCAUGGACAUCAACGAGUGCGAGCGGGACCCGCUGCUGUGCCGGGGCGGGAUCUGCAUGAACACCGACGGCAGCUUCGAGUGCAUCUGCCCCCCUGGGCACGAGCUGACAGCUGAGGGCAACACCUGCAUUGACAUCAACGAGUGCUCCCUCAGUGACAACCUCUGUCGCAACGGGCGCUGCGUCAACGUCAUCGGCACCUACCAGUGCUCCUGCGACUCGGGCUUCCAGGCCACGCCGGACAGGCAGGGCUGUGUCGACAUCGACGAGUGCACCAUCACCAACGGGGGCUGUGACACCCACUGCUCCAACUCCGAGGGCAGCUACGAGUGCAGCUGCAGCGAAGGCUACGCCCUGAUGCCAGACAAGAGGUCCUGUGCAGAUAUUGAUGAGUGUGAGGAUAACCCCGACAUCUGUGACGGGGGGCAGUGCACCAACAUCCCCGGGGAGUACCGCUGCCUCUGCUUCGACGGCUUCAUGGCAUCCCUGGACAUGAAGACCUGCAUUGAUGUGAACGAGUGCGACCUCAACCCCAACAUCUGCCUGCACGGCGAGUGUGAGAACACCAAGGGCUCCUUCAUCUGCCACUGCCAGCUGGGCUACUUCGUCAAGAAGGGAACCACGGGCUGCACAGACAUCGAUGAGUGUGAGAUUGGGGCCCACAACUGUGACAUGCACGCGUCCUGCAUCAACGUCCCUGGCAGCUUCAAGUGCAAGUGUCGCUCGGGCUGGCUUGGGGACGGGCUCAAGUGCAAUGACCUGGAUGAGUGUGCAACUGAGGAGCACAAGUGCAACCUGAACGCCAACUGUGUGAACACGCCCGGCUCCUACCGCUGCGCCUGCCGCGACGGCUUCAACGGCGACGGCUUCUCCUGCUCAGACGUGGAUGAGUGCGCAGACAACGUGAACCUGUGCGAGAACGGGCAGUGCCUCAACGCCCCCGGCGGGUACCGCUGCGAGUGCGAGAUGGGCUUCAACCCCACCGAGGACAGCAAGGCCUGCCAGGACAUUGAUGAGUGCACCUUCCAGAACAUCUGUGUCUUUGGCACCUGCCAGAACCUGCCGGGGAUGUUCCGCUGUGCCUGCGACGAUGGAUAUGAGCUGGACAGGAGCGGGGGCAACUGCACAGACAUCAACGAGUGUGCAGACCCUGUGAACUGCAUCAACGGGCUCUGUGUCAACACCCCUGGCAGCUACCUGUGCAACUGCCCCCAGGACUUCGAGCUGAACCCCACGGGGGUGGGCUGUGUGGAUACCCGGGUUGGGAAUUGCUUCCUGGACACGCAGGACCGAGGGGAUGGGGGCAUCUCCUGCAGUGCUGAGAUCGGCGUGGGGGUCACUCGGGCCUCCUGCUGCUGCUCCCUGGGCCGUGCCUGGGGCAAUCCCUGCGAGCUCUGUCCUCCAGCCAACACCACCGAGUACAAGACCUUGUGCCCUGGGGGAGAAGGGUUCCGGCCCAACCCCAUCACUGUCAUCCUGGAGGACAUUGACGAGUGCCAGGAGCUGCCAGGGCUGUGCCAGGGUGGGAACUGCGUCAACACCUUCGGCAGCUUCCAGUGCGAGUGUCCCCUGGGCUACUACCUCAACGAGGACACCCGGAUCUGCGAGGAUAUUGAUGAGUGCUCUGCCCACAUCGGGAUCUGUGGCCCUGGCACCUGCUACAACACCCUGGGCAACUACACCUGCGUGUGCCCCCCCGAGUACAUGCAGGUCAACGGGGGAAACAACUGCAUGGACAUGAGGAAGAGCGUUUGCUACCGCAACUACAACGACACCUGCGAGAACGAGCUGUCCUUCAACAUGACCAAGAAGAUGUGCUGCUGCUCCUACAACAUUGGCAAGGCCUGGAACAAACCCUGCGAGCCCUGUCCCACCCCUGCCAGCCCCGAGUACCAGAUCCUGUGUGGGAACCAAGCCCCCGGAUUUAUCAUUGACAUCCACACAGGGAAGCCCAUUGAUAUCGACGAGUGCAGUGAGAUCCCAGCCAUCUGCACCAACGGCGUCUGCAUCAACCAGAUCGGGAGCUUCCGCUGCGAGUGCCCCAUCGGCUUCAGCUACAACAACAUCCUGCUCAUCUGCGAAGACAUCGACGAGUGCAGCAGCGGGGAGACGCUGUGCCAGCGGCACGCCGAGUGCGUCAACAUCCCGGGCAGCUUCCGCUGCGAGUGCGCCACCGGAUACCGCCUGUCCCCGGGGGGCGCCUGCGUGGGUCGCAACGAGUGCCAGGAGAUCCCCAACGUGUGCAGCCACGGGGACUGCGUGGACACCGAGGGCAGCUACGUCUGCAUCUGCCACAACGGCUUCAAGGCCACCGGGGAGCAGACCAUGUGCAUGGACAUCGACGAGUGUGACCGGCAGCCCUGCGGCAACGGGACCUGCAAGAACACCGUGGGCUCCUACAACUGCCUGUGCUUCCCGGGCUUCGAGCUCACCCACAACAACGACUGCAUGGACGUGGACGAGUGCUCGUCCCUGGUGGGGCAGGUGUGCAGGAACGGGCAGUGCAUCAACAGCGUGGGCUCCUUCCAGUGCCUGUGCCAGGAGGGCUACGACCGCACCCCCGACGGCAAGAACUGUGUGGACAUCAACGAGUGCGUGAGCCUGCCCGGGACCUGCUCCCCGGGCACCUGCCAGAACCUGGAGGGCUCCUUCCGCUGCAUCUGCCCCCCUGGCUACGAGGUGCAGAACGACAACUGCAUCGACAUCAACGAGUGCGAAGAGGAGCCCAACAUCUGCCUCUUCGGGACGUGCACCAACACCCCCGGCAGCUUCCAGUGCGUGUGUCCCCCGGGCUUUGUGCUGUCCGACAACGGCCGCCGCUGCUUCGACACUCGCCAGAGCUUCUGCUUCACUCGCUUCGACAACGGGAAGUGCUCCGUGCCCAAGGCCUUCAACACCACCAAGGCUCGGUGCUGCUGCAGCAAAAUGCCCGGGGAGGGAUGGGGAGACCCCUGCGAGCUGUGCCCGCAGGAGGGGAACGUUGCCUUCCAGGAGCUGUGUCCGUACGGCCACGGGGCCAUCCCAGGCCCGGGUGACACCAGGGAAGAUGUGAACGAGUGCUCGGAGAACCUGGGUGUGUGCAUCAACGGCGCCUGCAUCAACACCGACGGCUCCUUCCGCUGCGAGUGCCCCUUCGGCUACAACCUGGACUACACCGGGGUCAACUGCGUGGAUACGGAUGAGUGCUCCAUUGGCAAUCCCUGUGGGAAUGGCACCUGCACCAACGUGGUGGGAGGCUUCGAGUGCGCCUGCGACGAGGGCUUUGAGCCAGGGCCAAUGAUGACGUGUGAAGACAUCAACGAGUGCUCCCUGAACCCCCUGCUCUGCGCCUUCCGCUGCAUCAACACCUUCGGCUCCUACGAGUGCACCUGCCCCUCUGGGUACGCCCUGCGGGAGGACAGGAGGAUGUGCAGAGAUCUGGACGAGUGUGCAGAGGGGCUGCACGACUGCGAGUCCCGGGGGAUGCUCUGCAAGAACCUCAUCGGCACCUUCAUGUGCAUCUGCCCUCCUGGCAUGCAGCGCAGGCCCGAUGGCGAGGGGUGCACAGAUGAGAACGAGUGCCGGACCAAGCCCGGGAUCUGCCCCAACGGGCGCUGCGUGAACACGGCCGGCAGUUACCGCUGCGACUGCAACGAAGGCUUCGAAGUCAGUCCCUCGGGCACGGAGUGCAUCGACACCCGCCAGGGCUUCUGCUUCACGGAGGUGCUGCAGACCAUGUGCCAGAUGUCCUCCACCAACCGCAACCUGGUCACCAAGUCCGAGUGCUGCUGCAACAGCGGGCGCAGCUGGGGCCCCCAGUGCGAGCUCUGCCCCCUGCCUGGCACUGCCCACUACAAGAAGAUGUGUCCCCACGGCCCCGGGUACUCCACAGAUGGCAGAGACAUCGACGAGUGCAAGGUGCUGCCCAACCUGUGCAGGAACGGGCAGUGCAUCAACAGCAUCGGCUCCUUCCGCUGCCACUGCCGGCUCGGCUACACCCCGGACAUCACGGGCACCGCCUGCCAGGAUCUGGACGAGUGUAACCAGUCCCCAAAGCCCUGCAACUUCAUCUGCAAGAACACCGAGGGCAGCUACCAGUGCUCCUGCCCCCGGGGCUACAUCCUGCAGGAGGAUGGCAAGAUCUGCAAAGACUUGGAUGAGUGUUCCACCAAGCAGCACAACUGCCAGUUCCUCUGUGUCAACGUCAUCGGGGGCUUCAACUGCAAGUGCCCCCCUGGCUUCACCCAGCACCACUCGUCCUGCAUUGACAACAACGAGUGCACGGCUCAGCCCUCCCUGUGUGGAGCCAAGGGGCAGUGCCUGAACACCCCGGGCAGCUACAACUGCGAGUGCCAGAAGGGAUUUUCCCUGGACAGCUCCGGGGUCAACUGCGAAGAUGUGGACGAGUGUGACGGGAACCACCGGUGCCAGCACGGCUGCCAGAACGUGCUCGGGGGCUACCGCUGCGGCUGCCCCCAGGGCUACGUGCAGCACUACCAGUGGAACCAGUGCGUGGAUGAGAACGAGUGCUCCAGCCCCUCAGCCUGUGGCUCUGCCUCCUGCUACAACACCCUGGGCAGCUUCAAGUGCGUUUGUCCCUCGGGCUUCGACUUCGACCAGGCCUUCGGGGGCUGCCAGGACGUGGACGAGUGCUCGGCCGGGGGCAGCCCCUGCAGCUACGGCUGCUCCAACACGGACGGGGGCUACCUGUGCGGCUGCCCCGGGGGCUACUUCCGAGCAGGACAGGGCCACUGCAUUUCUGGCUUGGGAUUUGGGAAGGGUCCCUACCUGCCUGCGCCCCAGGAGGAGGAUGAGGACAACCUGCUGUCCCCCGAGACCUGCUACGAGUGCAAGAUCAACGGGUACCCCAAGAGGGGCCGGCAGCGGCGCAGCGUCAACGGCACAGAGAGGCACCAGCAGGACCACGCUGUGAACUUGGCCAGCAUGGACGUGGACGCGCCGCUGUCCAUGACCCUGAACCUGUCGGAGCUGGCCCACAAGGAGCACAUCCUGGAGCUGCUGCCGGCCGUGGAGCCGCUGGAGAACCGCGUGCGUUACACCAUCUCCCAGGGCAACGAGGAGGGGCUGUUCCGCAUCCACCACAAGGAGGGGCUCAGCUUCCUGCACCUGGGCCGCAAGAAAAUCCUGCCGGGCACCUACCUGCUGGAGAUCGUGAGCGUGGCGCUGCCCCGCCGGCGGGAACUGCACAAACUCGAGGCCAACAACCACCUCGACUACUUGGCGGGGGAGCUGGGCCAGGCACUGAGGAUGAAGCUGCAGCUCCAGCUCUACUAAAGCCACGAGAGACCCCCCCCCAGUCCCACCCGACAGCGCAGCCCUGCCCCUCGCCACCCACCCCGGGAACAACGGGCUCCUCUCCUGCCACCGCCGCCGCCACCGCUGGGACAGCCGUGGGAAAUGUCCUUGUAGGAUCAGCCACCACCAGGACAGCCAUGGGGAAUGUCCCUGUGGGAUCAGCCACCACCAGGACAGCCAUGGGGAAUGUCCUUGUAGGAUCAGACCUGCUGGGACAGCCAUGGGAAAUGUCCUUAUGGGAUCAGCCACCACCAGGACAGCCAUGAGGAAUCUCCCUGUGGGAUCAGCACCCAGACAUGGGGAAUGUCCCUGUGGGAUCAGCACCCAGCCAUGGGGAAUGUCCUUGUAGGAUCAGCCACCACCAGGACAGCCAUGGGGAAUGUCCCUGUGGGAUCAGCACCUCUGGGGAUGCUCUGCUCUGGGGUGCCUGAGCUGAGCCCAAAAGGACCAAGCCCGAGCCACAGCUCACAAAGCUCCCAAAAGCCAAAGAUUCCAAGCUCCUGAGCAGGGACUCCCCUCCCUCUGCUCCCACCUCUCCCCCUUAUCCAGGACACUCCGAGCUGGGGAUCUGCCUGUUCUCCAUGGCCACGUCCCGGGGAAGGUGAGGGGGGCUGGGGGCAGCUUUGGGGGGAGCUGUGGCUCCGUGUGGUGUCUGUGCAUUUCCUGCUCCUCCUCUGCUCCUGUGGGUUCCUGGUGCUGCGGGAACCAUCCCAUCCCUGGCCUGUUUGAGCUCUGUAUCCCUGUUUCUCCAUGGCAUCUGGGCCUUCGAGGGGAGUCCUCUGGUCUUUUUGGGGACUCCUCUGUCAAACAGAAAAGGCCACCCCUGAGCAAAGGGACAGUUCAGGUUGUCCCCUCCCAUCCCAAAGCCGUGGGCAGGAGGGGAGGCAGGGGCAUCCAGGACUUCCUUGGGCACAGAAUCCUCGACUUGGGGUCACCCUGUCCAUGAUCCCCCAGCCAGGAGCAUCUCUGGGAAAGGGGGGCUGGGGGUCCCUCCCCUCUGCUCGUGCCCUGCAGCUCGGUGACCCCAGGGUGACAGCCCCGAUGGACAUUCUGUGGUUAAUGCAGACCAAAGGCCGUGAAAAGAGGGUGGAAAAUCGGGAUGAAGUGGCUGGAGGGCUCCGUGCUGCCCCACAUUCCCUGUGCAGCCCCUUCUGGGGCUUCCCCUCCUCCCUGUCCCAGCUGAUCCCUGCAGGGCCAUUCCCUGGUUUUGUGUGAAUCCUUCGCAGUUCUCCACCAGCCCCGCGCUCAUUCCCGGGAUAAAAAGUGCUGAUUAAUUCCUGGGAUAAUAAGUGCUGAUUCUCGGGAUAGAAGAUGCUCAUUUCUGGGAUAAAAGGUGCUGAAUCCGGGGGAUAAAGAGUGCUGAUUCCCGGGAUGAAAGGUGCUCAUUCCCGAAAUAAAAGGUGCUCAUUCCCGGGGUAAAAGAUGUUCAUUCCUGGGAUAAAAGAUGCUCAUUCCCAGGAUAAAAAGUGCUUAUUCCCGGGAUGAAAGGUGCUCAUUCCCGGGAUGAAAGAUGCUCAUUCCCAGAAUAAAAGGUGCUCAUUCCCAGGAUAAAAGGUGCUCAUUCCCGGGAUAAAAAUAAUUUCAUUCCCGGGAUAAAAGAUGCUCAUUCCUGGAAUAAAAGGUGCUUAUUCCUGGGAUAAAAGAUGCUCAUUCCUGGAAUAAAAGGUGCUUAUUCCUGGGAUAAAAGAUGCUCAUUCCUGGAAUAAAAGGUGCUUAUUCCUGGGAUAAAAGAUGCUCAUUCCCAGGAUAAAAAGUGCUUAUUCCCGGGAUGAAAGGUGCUCAUUCCUGGAAUAAAAGGUGCUUAUUCCUGGGAUAAAAGAUGCUCAUUCCCAGGAUAAAAAAAAUGCUCAUUCCCGGGAUGAAAGGUGCUCAUUCCCGGAAUAAAAGGUGCUCAUUCCCGGGAUAACAGAUGCUCAUUCCCACGGAACUGCCUCAUCCCCAGGCCCGAGGUGCUCGCAGCUCCUGGGAGCUGGUGCUGGUUCCUGGCCAGCGUUCUGCACUGUGUCCAUCCACCCUCCCAUAUUUAUGGAAAACCACCAAAGGAAUGCUCGCUCGGUCCUGUCAGGAGUGCAUUUUCCUGUAGCUUUACAUUUUUUUUUUUUUUUUUGGAGGGGUGGGAAUUUCUCCUGGUUCGAGGUGGGGGAUGUGUGUGUUUACUGUAUCGGGGCUCCAGGCAAACUUGAAAACUCUUCAAAGCAGCUCCAGACUCUGGAUUUUACAAGAGUCCCAGAGCUCGUGACAGGAUGGGUGGCCUGAUGUUUGGGAUUUUUUUUUUUUGGUUGGUUGGUUUUUUUUAAUUAUUAUUUUUGGUUUGUUUUUUCCAACAGGUGCUUUUUUAAAAAAAAAAAAAAAAAAACCAAAAUCCAAAAAGUAUUAAUAAUAAUAAAUUAGCAGAGCUGGGUUUGUGUGCGUGUGUUGAGCCAAAGUCUCAAAGAUCAAGGUUUCCUCUCCUCCUCUCUGGUGUGGUGUUUUGGUUUGUUUUUUGGGUGGUUUUUUUUUUUUUGGUUGGUUUCUUUUUUUUUUUUUUUAAUUUGUUUUAUAUUGACAUUUCUUGCUGGUUGGUUUUUUUGGGGGGAAGUGUUGAAACCCCAAACCUGUGCCCCUUGUCCCGCACAGAGAGGUGGCUCUUUGUGGAAUUCCUUUUUUUUUUGUAUCAGAAGCAACGGCAACAAUAAAAUUAUUUUGGGUUAA